AUGAUAAUGUUCAAUUUAGAUGAUCAAGAAUGUCCAGAUUUAGAAGAAAAUAAUUUUUACAACGAGCAACAAUGCCCAGAUAUAAAUCAUAAAAAAGGCUCGAACCAAAGAUCAAUAAAUUACAAUGGAAAUAAUGUAAACAGAAAUUCAAUGUCUCAUAGAUAUGAACCAUAUAAAACUAGAAAUUACAAUAAUCAAAAUGAAAAUAUUAAUAAUUUUAAUAUAAUAAAUAGUGGUAAUGCUAAUGAAGAUGAUGAAGAUGAAGAUGAUGACAGUGAUGAUGAUGAUGAUGAUAAUAGUAAUGGUAAUACUUAUAAUUUUGUUUCAGAUUAUAAUCAACAAUAUGCAUUUAUUCAAUAUGUAAAUCGCCAAUUUCAUUUAAGAAAUUAUAGGCAAGUAAAUAUGCAAGAAUCACAGAAUUUAAUUGAACAAAUUUUACAAACAUAUAAAAAUCAAAGUCAGUCAUCAGAUGAUAAUAAUAAUAAUAAUAAUAAUAAUAAUAAUAAUAAUAAUAAUAAUAAUAAUAAUAAUAAUAAUAAUAAUAAUAAUAAUAAUAAUAAUAAUAAUAAUAAUAAUAAUAAUAAUAAUAAUAAUAAUAAUAAUAAUAAUAAUAAUGAUCGACCUGAUAAUGAUGAAAAUUUACAAAAUGACCAAAAUCAAGAACAAAAUGAAGAAGAAGAUGAAGAAGAGGAGGAAGAAGAUCAAUAUGAAGAAGGAGAAGAAGAAGACCAAUCCGAAUACCAAGAACAACAAUCUCAAAACCUUUUUCAACAAGAUCAAGAUUUUGAACAACUUCAACAAGAUCAAGAUCUUUCUCUUCAAUCAUCUCAUAUAUUCUUUUAA